AUGGUCACGUUCAAGAAAAGCUUGUUCUUGUCCGCUGUGGCAGUGGCACUGGCCGUGGCCGUGGAGGGAUACAGCGUCGAGUCGACGUAUGAAGCGAAGCGCAUGCUACGCCUGCAGGCUGAGGAAGUCGCGGAGGAGGAAAUGGCCGACGACUCCGAGUGUGGCUCCCUAGAAAUGGCGGAGGAUGACUCGGAAUGUGGCUCGCUCGAAAUGGCCGAAGAUGAUUCGGAGUGCGGAUCUCUGGAAAUGGCUGAGCCUGACGAGGGUGACAACGGUGGGGACACUGGCGGUGACAAGGGCGGAGACACUGGCGGCAACACAUGGACGCAGCCGCCCAGUACCGGUGGAAACACCUGGACACCUCCGGCGACGGAAGGCUCCGGCAACUCCGGAGGUAACACUUGGACACAGGCUCCCAGCACAAACACUGGUGGAUCGUCUACCGACCAGUGGAACUCGGGCGGCUCAACGAACACCGGGACCGGCGGUUCGAACAAUGGAGACAAUGGAGAUAACAAGGAGUCGGAGUCGAACGGCGACAACAAGCAGUCUGAGUCGAAUGGGGACAAUAAGGAAUCCGAAUCGAACGGAGAUAACAAGGAAUCCGGUGGCGACAACAAGGAGUCCGGCGGCGAUAACAAGGAAUCCGGCGGCGACAACAAGGAGUCCGGUGGUGAUAACAAGGAGUCCGGCGGCGACAAUAAGGAGUCCGGUGGCGAUAACAAGGAGUCCGGUGGCGAUAACAAGGAAUCCGGCGGCGACAAUAAGGAGUCCGACAAUAAGGAGUCCGGUGGCGAUAACAAGGAGUCGGGCGGAGAUAACACAGGAGACAGUGUGCAGCAAGGCGAGAUUGGCGGCGAGGCUGAAAUCGGCGGCGAGGCUGACUCGGAGUGUGGGUCGUUGGAGAUGGCUGAAGACGACUCGGAGUGCGGCUCCCUGGAGAUGGCAGAGGAUGACUCGGAGUGCGGUUCGCUUGAAAUGGCCGAGCCUAACAAUGGCAACAACGGCGGCGACACUGGCGGCGAUACUGGUGGCGACAAGGGCGGCAACAACGGUGGUGACACUGGCGGUGACAAGGGAGGCGACACUGGAGGCAACACGUGGACGCAGCCUCCUAGCACUGGCGGUGAUACCCCCAGUACCAGCUCAGGUAGCUCUGGUGGUAACACGUGGACUCAGCCUCCCAGCACUGGCGGCAGCACCCCCAGCACCGGUUCCGGCAACACCGGCGGUGACACUUGGACGCAGCCUCCUAGCACCGGCGGUAACACUUGGACUCAGCCCCCUAGCACCGGCGGUAACACCUGGACGCAGGCUCCUAGCACGGGCUCAGGCAACAAUGACGGCGGCGAUAACGGAGGUGACAACAAGGACGGCAGCAAGAAGGACGACCAAAACAAGGAGGACAGCAAGAAGGACGAGGAGAACAAGGACGGCAGUAAGAAGGACGACGAGAACAAAGACAGUGGCAACCAGGAUGGCGGUAACACGCAGCAGCAAACCUCGGGCAACUCUGACGACAACAAGGAGUACACUGGAUCCAAGUCGGACAUCGACUUCAGCACGUUCCAGGGCGAUGUCAACCCCGGUACGGUGUCGCCGCAGUAGAGCUCUGGGAUGGCCCUCCAUUUUCUUACGUGAGUGUAGCGUAAAACGUGACGAAAGACCAAGCGCCGCAGAGCGCGAUAAACGUUGAAUGUGCGUCGGUGUACCAGUAUCUUGAGCUAUAGUCUUGUGCGUCUUUUUCUCUUGGUAUGGACUUGAGAGCAGGUGUAGCACGUGUAGUCAG